AUGAGCCAAAUAUCGCAGCUCAUCACGACAAGUGUGACCCAAAUUCUUAACCGCGACGGGAACGACGCGACUAUCAGCAAGGCAUGGGUUGACCGUUUCAUCAAACGCCUACCAGAUGACCUAAAGCCACCCAAAACACGAUCAACCAAGAAAAAAACCGUUUCCACAGAAAAUAUCUACAACUUCGACGAUACUAUCUUCCAAAUCGGCCAGGGAAAGAAACCUCGAAUGGUCGUUACCCGGGGGGCUGAUCCAUUUGUUGUUAUACAAGGCGACCACUAUUUCGAUGAGUGGCUAACCUACGAAGGAACUCCUGAUGAAGCUGUGUUCAUGAUGAAUUCAAGCGGUCAGGUUGAUGAGUUGGCUGCAUGCGAGUGGCUCGAGUCUUUCCAUCGCCAGACUGAAGACCGUGCUGCAGAUGGUCAGCCUAAGCUCGUACUCUUCAGGAGCCAGCCUCAAUAUUUGAGUUUCAAGUUCCUCAACUUUUGCGAGCAACACAAGAUUCUUCCAUUCAGCUUUCCACCCAAUAUAGGACAUCUCAUUCAGCCUUUUGAUGGCAAACCCUUUCAAUGUUACAAGCAGUAUUGGAGAUCUCAAGGCAUCCUAUUCUGCAUGAUUGAUGAUCCCGAUGACGAGAAAACAGUCUUCCUCAUGGACUUCCCUUCCAUCCGUGAGACAUCAUUCAAGCCCGAGGUUAUCACGAAGGCAUUUGCCGACAGAGGCAUUGUGCCAUUUGAUCCAUACAAGGUGAAACAACCGCUUUGA